GAAGGUGAGGUAAUACGAUCCCUGGAGGUCAAAUGAUCCCCCUCCGUAAAGCAAAGAUAACUAGUGCCAUCUAUCCAAAUGAGCAUGAAACAUGUUUCCCGAGCCUCUGCCAGUUGCCUCCCCAAGUGUCAUGGCGGUGCAAGCGCUUGGCGUGAUUUUAUCAAAAAAUAAUUAAAAAGUGUGGCUCUGAUCUAAGAUCAUGCCGAGAAUUUAUAUCCGCAAAACUAAUCGCCAAAAUUGGCCUGAAGAACAAAUGCAAAAGGCAUUAGAUGCCGUCAGAGAUGGUAUGCCUUACAAAACUGCAAGUAGAGAGUUUAAGGUCCCUGUGAUGGCAUUAAAAAGAAGAGCCAAAGGAAAAAAUAAAAUUGCUGUAGGCUCCGUUAAAAAGUUAGGUGGCAAAAAAACAGUGUUUAACCUAGAACAAGAACAAGAACUUGUUGAUUACAUUAAAGACAUGGAAUCUAGAAUGUACGGACUGACCACACAGGAUGUUUUAACCUUAGCUUUCCAACUGGCAGAGAGAAAUAAUUUACCGCAUCCAUUUUCUGAAGCAAAAGGAAAAGCUGGACUUGAAUGGCUUCGUGGAUUUAGACGUAGGCAUCCGGACAUUACGAUGCGUGCCCCAGAAUCAACGUCUUCUGCUCGAGCGCGAGCUUUUAAUAAGCCUGUAGUGGAUAUUUUUUUUUCAACUUUGAAAAACGUGCUAGAAAAACAUUAUUUUCCACCCCAUCGGAUAUUUAAUGUUGACGAGACGAGUUUAUGCACUGUCCCAACAAAAAAUUCGAGAGUAUUUGCACAAACAGGCCGUAAACAAGUAGCGCGAGUGACUUCAGCUGAGAGAGGUGAAACAACAACCGCAGUGAUUUGUACCUCAGCUUCUGGAACUUUUGUUCCUCCAAUGUUGAUCUUCCGCAGAGUCCGGAUGAAAAUAGAACUAAUGGAUGGCGCACCUCCAGGCGCUAUAUUUGCAUGCAAUCCAUCGGGUUGGAUGAAAUUAGAUGUGUUUUCUCAGUGGUUCGAUCACUUCUUAAUUCAUGCCAAACCGACAGCAGAAGAUCCGGCUCUUUUGAUAUUGGAUGGUCAUUUAUCUCACACAAAAAAUUUGAAUGUGGUAUUAAAGGCCAGGGAUAAUCACGUCACUAUUCUAUGCCUGCCGCCUCAUUGUACCCAUAAACUCCAACCCUUGGACGUUGGAGUCAUGUAUCCGCUAAGCGUUUAUCAUAACCAAGCGUUAGAGAAGUGGAUGAAUAACAAUCCUGGGAGAGUCGUAACCGUGUUCCAAAUAACGAAAAUUUUUACAGAGGCCUAUUUAAAAGCAGCAGUACCACUGAAUAGUAUGAAUGGAUUCAGCAAAACAGGAAUAUAUCCAUUCAAUCCAGACAUUUUCACUAAUGUGGACUUUAUUGCUGCUGAAACGACUGAAAUGGAUGUUGACAAUGACACGGUAGAACCACCUAUUCUGGUCCCAGGGACGUCAAGUCCUCCAUUAGCAGAAACCAUGCAAGCACCUUCUCCUCAAGCGAGUAAUCCAGAAACUGAAACACUACAAUCUUUACAAGUUGAUAUCCAAGAACCCCUUCAUAUAACACCUCAGCUGUCUCCAAUUGAAACUUCGACUCCAAUAAUAAUUGAAAAAUCUCCACGAACACCACUGUCAUUGCGGCAACCUUCGUCCUUCCCGGAAAACACCUCAGCAUCUGCAUCUUCUGAAAGAUUACCUCUAACCUUGGCUGUUGGUCUUCCAUCCACAUCUUUUGGUGUUGUUACACCGAGGGAAGUACGGCCAAUACCAAAGAUAGUUGGAAAAAGGGCGACUGCUAGACGAAUAAGAGUAGACACGUCAGUACUGACCAGCACACCCUAUAAAAAAUACCUUGAAGAGGAAGUCAAAAAGAAAACAGCUAUAGAACAAAAAAAAAAUAAAAAAACGGUAACCAACAAACAGAACGAUAAAUUUAAAUGUGGUGGGAAAGGAAAAGGAGUCGGGAAAGGAAAAAGAAGCGGAAAGGGAAAAGGCAAAAAAAAGCAAAACAGAUCAGAUUCUUCAGAAGAGGAGAGUGAUACCGAAUGCCUCUUCUGUACUGAAAGCUACUCCAAAGACAACAAAGGCGAAGGGUGGAUUAGGUGCGUUAUGUGUCUUAAAUGGGGACAUGAAGCUUGUGCGGGAAUAGAUAGUGACGAUGAAGGCGACUUUACUUGCGAUAUUUGCCUUUCUAGUAAUCAAUUUCAUAAUGUGAAAAAAAAUUUAAGGCUAUAGGUCUAUUUCUAAAUUCUUGACAAGAAAAUAAUUAUUUUUUAAUAAAGAGUUGAUUUUUCUAUUGAUUUAUGACAUUGAUAAAAACACCUUUGAUAGAAAUAAGCCUAUUUGUUUUUUUAUUCAGAAGAGUUUAUUUGUUUACUUAUUGCUUGACUACGUUUAUUUGUUUACUUAUUGCUUGACUUUGUUGAUUGUUUAAACCUUUUAAAAGUUUGUUGCAAUGUUUAAUGUUAAGUUUUGUUGACUGAGUAGUAGAUAAUUACAAAAAAAAAGAUCUCUAAUGAAACUAGAAGACUGCAAAAGUUUUGUGUAACUUGCUUACAUACUGAAAUUGUUAUGCACAAUACAUAAUUAUGACUAAAUUAAACAGCUGUUUUAUUUCGUUGAUAUUUAUCAACUUGAGGUAUAAAAUGAUCCCUGGGAUUAUUUUACCCCUACCCCAGGGAUCAUUUUAUACAUAGGUGUGUAUAAAAUGAUCCUUUACUUAACUUUUGCAAGAAACUCUAAUACAAAAGAAUACUAAUUAAAUAAUAAAAAAUAAGUAAACAGUUACAAAGUAAAGUAAAUUUACUACCUUCAACAAUAGAAAUCUUGCGAUUUUGCCUUACACUUUAGCCACAGUUGAGUUUUUCCCUUAAGGGGAUCAUUAUACCUCAC